AUGCACCGUGACUGGUUCAAGCCCCGAGCUAGUGACUGGGGCAGCAGCUGGGUUCUCCACCCACUGGAGAAAGCUACCCAGUGGAUUGAAUCAAUUCAACACCCUAACUGUGGCACUAGCAAGGCUAGCACAAAAGAAUGUGGUUGGAUCACCCUAGUCAGUAGCUGCAACUGUGGACCUGCAGGAAGAAAACAAAAGGGCUUCAUGUUCAAAGAUGUUUAG